AUGAAAUCAAAUUUAAAAGGCUAUAAUGAUACAGAUAACUCUUUUAUUAAAUUUUGUACCAAUGCUGCAAGUUAUAUAACUUAUUCUAAAUAUAAUUCUAAUGUAAAUAUAUUUGCAUUUUGUGAAUAUACUAAUUACUGGUUCUAUGGUAUGUUGAAAUCAACUGAUAAAAUUACAUAUAAUCAGACAUCAUUUAUUAAAUUCCUUGAUGACGUUGAUAUUAUCCAAUAUUGCAAAGAUCAUGCGGAAGCUAUUGACGAACAUAAAUAUAGUUACCUUAAAAAAUUAGAUGAACUGUAUGAAAACUUUUAUAUUUUUAAACAAAAAUCUUCAACUGACGAUCAUAAUCGUUGUGGAAAAGGUGAAAUAUGUGCCCAAGAAUAUAAGAAACUCGAAGGUACAUGUUUGGGAAAUGGUAACAAUAGUUUUUGUAAUGAAUUAGAAAAAUUUCGAGUUCUAUUUAAUAAUCAUCUUGAAUCAAUAAUUAAAUGCAAGAACAUAGAAGAAUUACCAUCUUUCCAAUCAUCUGCUCUAGCUUCUACUGUUUUACUCCCAGUUUCUGUAAUUUCAGUAAUUAUUUUCUUUUCAUUUAUUGCUUAUAAGUAUACCCCCUUUGGAUCAUGGAUAAACCCUAAAUUAAUGAAGCAGAAAAGAUAUAUUAAUAAAUUAUUACAGGAAUACGAAAAUAGAGAAAAUAAAUCGAAUAGGAGGCCAUACAACAUCGCCUAUACAUUGUCAGAAUAA